UGUCAUUUCUCGAAACCCAUUUUUACAUGCCUCCGGCCAGCUGCCUGGCCCCCAGGCGCCCUGGGCAGCGCCGGCUCUGCUCUCCUGGGCCGGAUCCUUCUGGAGGCCUCCCGCGGCCUCUCACACCGGCUUACCUCCGGGUUCUUCCAUCUGCCGGGUCUCUGGGCCCUCCGUCCUCUCCCCGAUGCCCGGGCGCGCGAGCCCCCUCCUCGGCACCCCAUUGCCUCCUUGCCCUCCACAUACCGGAGUUUCCGCCUCCGCUCCUUCAUGCCCCCUAGUCACCACCUGGGUUCCCCAGAUCCUCACCCCUCCAUACAGCAUUCCCCUUCCCUCUCCCCUCCCCUUGAGGUUCCACUUCUGGGUUCUCUCCUUGCCAGUUCUUUUUUGACAUUAAAGAUUCCUCCUGCUUUCUUCUCCUGGGCUCCCGGCCCCCUCCCCUUCCCUUGGACGACUCCUCCCUUUACUAGGCUGGGGCAGUGUCCGACUUGCGGCUAGGAUCCCUGGCUCUGCUCUUGGAGCCUGCCUGGGCUGGAGUUCCUGGGAAGACAGGCUGGGGGUCCGAGGUCCCGUCCCUCCCAGUGUUCUGAGCUUCUAAAUGGAUCCGAUAGGUAGAUCUGAAGAGGGCUUGGCUUGACCCUGCUAUAUGUGAGUUGGUGGAGAUUCAGCAAAGUUGGCUCCCAGGCGGAUGGAACAUAAUUUGGGGUCCUUGGAGUUUAUGACGAUUCUGCUUAUUUUGUUGACUGCUUCUUCCCCUUGGUCUGAGCUGGAGUGAACCAGGAUCAGGCUGGUUCUCAGCUGAUGCAAUUGCUGCCUUUUUUGGGAAGGGAUAGAGAUGGGUUGGGGGUUGUCUGGCAGCCUUGUCCUGUUGGGGACUUGGCUAGAAGGGUGGGGUGGCUCCUUGGUGGGCCACAGUUCCAUCGACUGUUCUUUAUCUGCUCUAUCUCAGGCAGCCUUUUGAGGAUGAGAUGUGGAGGGAGAGAACCUGCUGAGGAAGAAGGAAUUUGGGCCUAAAUUGGGGGAAGAGGGGAUUGGAAGAGUGAAAGCCUCCCAAGGGCUUCUCCCGCUUUUUCCAGUGGGAAACCCUUAACCCCUGCCAAACUGUAUACUGCUCUCUUGAGCAGACAAACUGGCAGGCAAACAGAUUGUAGAAAUGAGAAGGAGGCCUUCCUGCGGAGGGGAUGGGAAACCCGGGAGUUUGUUCAGAGGGGCUGAGCAGAGCUGGUGGUUCAGUCACACUGGCAAUUCCUCCGUGAAGGUCAAGUCUUCCUCCUGCUCUGUGGGGAGGCAAGGACAGAUGACUUGUGCUGGAGGAUGGGCUGUUGGGGAGAUGCUUGGGCAUGGAUGACUCGUCUCUACUCUUUCCCAGUCUUAGAGGUUCUUUGGGGUGGGGCCUAAUACCCCUCUGCCUUCCAGGAACUUUGGGGCCCUGUAAGGGCCCAAGAAAUAUUUAUACCUUCUCCCAGACCUCAGCCAGAAGCAUUUGUUCUCCAUCCCUUGGACACACUAAGAAGCAGUUUUCCUCUGCAAACUUUGAGUGUCCUUGCUGGACAGUGGGGUGCCUGAGGAUUCCCCCAAUGGGUCAGAACUUAAGGUGCUGGCAGGACCUUGGAUUGCUGCCUGGCCUGACCUGGACCUUACCUGCAGGAGUCUGAGGGAAAGAAUCAGCCUGGUUCCUGACUUACUCUUGUGAAAGUGGAGGGAAGCAUCUUCCAUGGAGCAAAGGGAAUACCAGGACCCUGCCUGGACAGACGUGGGCCAACCGCAGCAUCGACACCCAUCACGCAGAUAGCAGAGUCAUCCGCAGGGUUGAACCAUGAUUCCAGUGACGGAGCUCCGCUAUUUUGCUGACACACAGCCGGCGUACCGGAUCCUAAAGCCGUGGUGGGAUGUGUUCACUGACUACAUCUCCAUCGUAAUGCUGAUGAUCGCAGUCUUUGGUGGGACGCUGCAGGUCACCCAGGACAAGAUGAUCUGCCUGCCAUGUAAGUGGGUCACCAAGGACUCCUGCAACGACUCGUUCCGGGGCUGGGCGGCCCCCAGCCCGGAGCCCACCUACCCCAAUGCCACGCUCCUGCCAGCCCCUGACACAGGUCCCACGGGCAUCAAGUAUGAUCUGGACCGGCACCAGUACAACUAUGUGGAUGCUGUGUGCUACGAAAACCGCCUACAUUGGUUCGCCAAGUACUUCCCCUACCUGGUGCUUCUGCACACACUCAUCUUCCUGGCCUGCAGCAACUUCUGGUUCAAAUUCCCACGCACCAGCUCAAAGCUGGAGCACUUUGUGUCUAUCCUGCUCAAGUGUUUUGACUCACCUUGGACCACACGGGCCCUAUCAGAGACGGUAGUGGAGGAGAGCGACCCCAAGCCAGCCUUCAGCAAGAUGAACGGCUCCAUGGACAAGAAGUCAUCAACAGUCAGCGAGGACGUGGAGGCCACUGUGCCCAUGCUGCAGCGGACCAAGUCACGUAUUGAGCAGGGCAUCGUGGAUCGCUCAGAGACAGGUGUGCUGGACAAGAAGGAGGGGGAGCAGGCCAAGGCACUGUUCGAGAAGGUGAAGAAGUUUCGGACCCACGUGGAGGAGGGGGACAUCGUGUACCGCCUCUACAUGCGGCAGACCAUUAUCAAGGUGAUCAAGUUCAUCCUCAUCAUCUGCUACACUGUCUAUUAUGUGCAUAACAUCAAGUUUGACGUGGACUGCACCGUGGACAUCGAAAGCCUGACAGGCUACCGCACCUACCGCUGUGCGCACCCUCUAGCCACACUCUUCAAGAUCCUGGCAUCCUUCUACAUCAGCCUGGUCAUCUUCUAUGGUUUCAUCUGCAUGUACACACUGUGGUGGAUGCUGCGGCGCUCCCUCAAGAAAUACUCGUUUGAGUCAAUCCGUGAGGAGAGCAGCUAUAGCGACAUCCCCGACGUCAAGAACGACUUUGCCUUCAUGCUCCACCUCAUUGACCAGUAUGACCCGCUCUACUCCAAGCGCUUCGCCGUCUUCUUGUCGGAGGUGAGUGAGAACAAGCUGCGGCAGCUGAACCUCAACAAUGAGUGGACGUUGGACAAACUGCGGCAGCGGCUCACCAAGAAUGCACAGGACAAGCUGGAGCUCCACCUGUUCAUGCUUAGUGGCAUCCCCGACACUGUGUUUGACCUGGUGGAGCUGGAGGUAUUGAAGCUGGAGCUGAUCCCCGAUGUGACCAUCCCACCUAGCAUCGCCCAGCUCACAGGCCUCAAGGAGCUAUGGCUGUAUCACACAGCAGCCAAGAUCGAGGCUCCCGCCCUGGCCUUCCUGCGCGAGAACCUGCGGGCACUACACAUCAAGUUCACUGAUAUCAAGGAGAUCCCGCUGUGGAUCUACAGCCUGAAGACCCUGGAGGAGCUGCACUUGACAGGCAACCUGAGCGCAGAGAACAACCGCUACAUAGUCAUUGAUGGACUCCGGGAGCUCAAGCGCCUCAAGGUGCUGCGGCUCAAGAGCAACCUGAGCAAGCUGCCACAGGUGGUCACGGAUGUGGGCGUGCACCUGCAGAAGUUGUCCAUCAACAACGAGGGCACCAAGCUCAUUGUCCUCAACAGCCUUAAGAAGAUGGUGAACCUGACGGAACUGGAGCUGAUUCGCUGUGACCUAGAGCGCAUCCCCCAUUCCAUCUUCAGCCUCCACAACCUUCAAGAGAUUGACCUCAAGGACAACAACCUUAAAACCAUCGAGGAGAUCAUCAGCUUCCAGCACCUGCACCGCCUUACCUGCCUUAAGCUGUGGUACAACCACAUCGCCUACAUCCCCAUCCAGAUUGGCAACCUCACCAACCUCGAGCGCCUCUACCUGAAUCGCAACAAGAUUGAGAAGAUCCCCACCCAGCUCUUCUACUGCCGCAAGCUGCGCUACCUGGACCUCAGCCACAACAACCUGACCUUUCUCCCUGCUGACAUUGGCCUCCUGCAGAGCCUUCAGAAUCUGGCUGUCACGGCCAAUCGGAUCGAGGCACUCCCUCCAGAGCUCUUCCAGUGCCGGAAGCUACGGGCCCUGCACCUAGGUAACAACGUGCUGCAGUCGCUGCCCUCGCGGGUGGGCGAGCUGACCAACCUGACCCAGAUUGAGUUGCGGGGCAACCGGCUGGAGUGCCUACCUGUGGAGCUGGGCGAGUGCCCGCUGCUUAAGCGCAGUGGCCUGGUGGUGGAGGAGGACCUGUUCAAUACGUUGCCACCUGAGGUGAAGGAACGGCUCUGGAGGGCUGACAAAGAGCAGGCCUGAGCCCUGGUGGCUGACCAGAGCAUGC